AUGUCCAUUCUUCCAAAGUACGAGUUAAUUAAAGAAGGUUCACAACAAGGCAUUCGCAUACAAGGAUGGACCAUCAUAUCAACGAAAUGUCCAAUCUUAAAUUCCAAGGAAAUCGAUAGAGUUCAGAGAACCGUUCCUGUUCCGCUACCAGAGAUGUUCUUUGGAAACAAUUCUCUUCAUUUCUCCAAGGAUCAUAACUUUGUUUUCGAAUUCAAUCCAACGGAUGCCUUAAAGUGCGUAGACUCAACCAAAGAAGGAGGCGAAGGGGUCAAACUAGCGUAUUCGGAAGAAUGGAAGAAUAUGAAUUUAAAGAACAGCGGGCAUGUUGUAGAUGUAGUGAAGCCGUACGAUUGGACCUACACGACGACGUAUUCGGGUACAUUACUACAACCAGUCGAUGGCCAGAUAUUUGAACCAACUAGCGAACGAAUUGAUGUCGAAAAGUUGAGAGCUCCCGAACCUAUUUUAUUUUAUGAUGAAAACGUCUUGUACGAGGAUGAACUGGCCGACAAUGGAACUGCGAUUCUUUUUGUGAAAGUGCGAGUAAUGCCAUCUGGAUUCUUUGCGCUACAUCGGUUCUUUCUUCGUGUUGAUGGCGUUCUCUUUCGUAUGAAUGACACUAGAGUGUAUCAUGAAUUUGGUAGUGAUAAGAUAACGAAAGAGUUUACGAGUAGAGAACAACCAUAUGCAAAGAUACGAUCGCUUAUUCCACCACAUAGGAGAGAAGAUGUAUCGCAGUUGACAGAUAUUGAAUGGGUGUCUUCAAAGUUACCACCGGCGGACGAAAUUAUAAUCGAGAAAGCUCGUGUUAUUCCCCUGUGA